UUGUUAAAAGAAAGAAUUAUUUGAUUUUUAUUGAUGUAUUAUCUAUUGGUGCAGGAGUGACGGCCUGACGGAUGGGUCGCGGGCGAGACAAGCGACAAUGGUGGUCGGGGGAGGCGCGUGGGCGCUGCGAUUCGGCUGCCAAAAUCUGCACUUUCCUCCGACUUUCUCUCCGAGGUGCGAAAGGUAUUCACCGGGGGCACGCAAUGCUCGUUCAGUAGCGGCCGAGGCAUACGUACGCGUUCUAAUCUCCGGCGCGGCGUCGCAACGCUGCAUAUCCGAUAUUCAAAGCACCUGCAUACUUCCGUGUUUAUAAGCGUUGUGGUGGGUGAGGUGAGCUGAUUUGCCUGGUGGCGUGUGCGCUGAGUUGUGAUGUCGGAGGGCGGCAGGGCGGCCAUGGCUCGCGGUCACUCGGCGCUCGUUGUGUUGCUGUGCGCGCUACGCGCUACUACGCCUGCGCGUUUUCCUGAGGUCCUGCCGCUGCAAGGCUGGUUCGAGGGCCAAGGGGCGGAGCAAGGGGAAGCCGAGGUGCAGCUGGUGUACCUACCGGCGCUGCUGCCACGAGAGGCACAGUCUACAGACGAUGCUGAUCUUCAUGAUAUACCGCUGCCCUACAAAUUCGAUGCUUUUGGACGGAGCUUUGACCUGCGACUUCUGCCCAACCGAAGGCUGGUGUCACCGCAGUUCGCAGUGUGGUCGGAGAACGGCGAAGAGGCGCCACUAUCAUCUAUCGACACCUCCUGUCAUUACCUGCACGCUGGACCCAACACUGUCGCCGCGUUUUCCGCUUGUAAAGAUCAUGCGCUUCAUGGAUUAAUAGUGACCGAUAAUUCGACAUACGAAGUGCGUCCAUUGCCGCACGGCGCGGGUCGUGCACAAGAUGGCGGCGGGCGGCGUGCCCACGUGAUCCGUCGUGCGCCCCCGCCCCCCGCCUCAGCCGGGGACGCGCAGUACAUUCGCCCGCGAGUGCGCCGUCCGCGCCAGCCACGAGUGAGCGCCAACUUGCCCUCCAAGUACACGAUAGAAAUAGCGCUGUUCCUUGACGAAGCUGGCUACAAGCUUUUCUAUCCCUUUCUUAACCACAAUGAAGCUGAUCUUCGUGAUAUGCUACUCGCAUACGUCAAUGGAGUUCAAGCUUUAUACCAUCACGCUUCAUUGGGGACCAGGAUCCAGCUGUCGUUGGUGCGGCUGACACUGCUGCGCUCGCAACCGAGUGAGUUGCCGCCGUACGCCGAGAGGGGGCGUCUGCUAGAUUCGUUCUGCGCCUACCAAAAGUCCCUUAAUGUCGAUGACGAUGACGAUCCCCAGCAUUGGGAUAUGGCACUUUUGCUAUCCGGGUUAGACUUCUAUUCGGAGGAAGGUGGUCGUCGUAAUGGAGUGACGAUGGGCCUGGCGCCGGUGGGUGGGGUGUGUCUGCCGGCGCACGCGUGCGUCGUCUCCGAGUUCGGGGCCAGCGACGUGCUCGGCCGCCCCUACCCCUCCGCCGGAUUUACAUCCGUCUACAUACUGGCCCAUGAGAUAGGACACAACCUGGGUAUGCACCACGACGGCACGGGUAACGCAUGCGCGCGCGACGGCUACAUAAUGUCGCCUUCUCGGGGUACACACGGCGAGGCCUCCUGGUCCCGCUGCAGUGCUAAGGUCGCCGCGGAUCUACAAUGGGCAACUUGUCUACUAGAUGGUUCUGACGACGACGAUGAAGAUAUCCCUGAACAGCUUCACCACGAGCGCUUCGGCGGAGCUCCGGGCAUUGUAUGGGAUGCUAAAAAGCAGUGCGAAGUGUUGUUGCGCGACGUGGACGCGGCGCCGGCGGAGGGCGGCGGCGCAGCGCAGUGCGCGCACACGGGCGCUGUCUGCGAGGGCGCCGCAUACGAAGUCACGCUCUGCGAUGAUACUAAGGUGUGCGGCAAGAAGCGGCGUGUGAGUGCGAACGAGUACGCGGCGCGGCGCUGCGGCGAGUACGCGGCGCGGCUGCCCGCGCUGGACGCGCGCGGCGGCGGCCUGCAGGCGCCGCACGACCAGUCUCGCAUGUGGAUGGGGUGCGCGAUCUUCUGCCGGCGCGCGGCGGGCGGCGGGUUCUACGCGCCGCGCGUCGAGCUGAACGCGGCCGGACUCGACCCUUACUUCCCGGACGGCACCUGGUGUCACAACGAUGGCGGCAAUGACUACUUCUGCCAACAACACCACUGCUUGCCUGAGAAUUUCAAGAUGACACCGCAAUGGCACGUUUGGGAUUUACCGAGUCAAGAUAUCGGCGGUCCAUUCAAUGCUCGGGCGAGAUCCUUUGACGACGACCAGGAGGCAGCUUUGCGCGCUUACCACACUUUGGAUGAGGCCGGGACGCCCCUAGCGCGUGCAGCAUUACCACCACAGUUGCAAGAAGAACCCGAAAACAACUGGGAAGUUGUUGAUUAUAUUGAAUUAAAUAAUCAAACUGAGUCCGUUUACGUUGAAACUUAAUGUAUGGUACAUUUGUCUUGCCAAACGUAUUAAUAUCCUCAUUAUAAUGUCGGUUUGUUAAUGUAUUUAAGUUAGUCAGAUCACGUACGAGUCCUUAGUAACCCAUAAAUCUUUAGAUUUACGAUUAAGCGAGUACAUAAGGUACAAUGGUAACUAUAUAGUAAGUGUAUGUACAUUUACGUACGUUUGAUAUGAUCAAACACGCAUUUAUUAAGCUAAGGUAUUUUUCAGUAUUAAUUAAUAGUAAGUUUAGUUUUCGUUAGUGGUUUUUCUAAGGUCAACUUUUUUUCAACUAGAUCGAAAACAAUGCAUUUAUUUGAUUAAGUUUGUAACAAUUAGGUAAUUUAGGAAGGAAAAGAGAUGCUAGUCUUAUUGUAAAGGUUUUAUUAUCUAUCUUAAUUUUUUCUUUGAAUACCCACUAUUUUAUAAGUUUUUUAUCGAUAAAAAAGAUGAGAUCGCCAAAGGUGAGACGAAAUCAUGCAAACUGAAAUGUGUUUUUUAAUUUUGUGAUAAGUAAAAAUAAUACAAGUUCAAAUUAUACUUUUUACCACUGUCAA